AACUUCUCAACCCCCUCCCUCUCCAAAACUUCUCAACAAGCACAUUGCACUGUCUCUCUCUCUCUCUCUCUCUCUCUCUCAGUACAUCCAACCAUGUCUUCUUCUUCUCCUUCUACCACACUAUCAAGAAAUUCCAGUAUAUAUGCCAAGAGAGGUUCCAAAAUCCGUUGUGCUGUACACUCCCCUUCAAUUCUCCAGUUCCCAAAACUCCCCUACCAACUACCAACAAUCACUACACAGGACUCUCACUCAACAACAACAACUAAUCAUAACAUUCACACUCCCAAAACAACCCAACAACCACCACACUGGAACUUCCUCCAAAGAGCCGCCGCCACUGCCCUAGACGCAGCAGAAAGCGCGUUGCUCUCCCGCGAGCGCCGCCACCCGCUACCGAAAACCGCCGACCCCCACGUCCAAAUCGCCGGUAACUUCGCCCCCGUACCCGAACAACCCGCAAAGCACUCCCUCCCCGUCAUUGGAUCCAUACCCGACUGCAUUCGGGGCGUCUACCUCCGCAACGGAGCCAACCCGAUGUACGACCCCCCCGCCGGCCACCAUCUCUUCGACGGCGACGGAAUGAUUCACGCCGUCACUAUAAAUGAUAACAAUUCCGUUAGCUAUUCAUGCCGGUUCACGGAGACUCACCGGCUGGUUCAGGAGAGAGAAAUCGGCCGGCCGGUUUUUCCUAAACCGAUAGGAGAGCUCCACGGGCAUUCGGGUAUUGCCCGACUACUUCUCUUCUACGCCCGUGGUUUAUUUGGGCUCGUGGACCAUAGCCACGGCAUAGGAGUAGCCAACGCCGGUUUGGUCUACUUCAACCGGAGGCUACUCGCCAUGUCGGAAGACGACCUGCCUUACCAAGUUCAAAUCACUCCCUCCGGUGAGUUGAAAACAAUCGGACGGUACGAUUUCGACAACCAGCUCAAAUCCACCAUGAUAGCCCACCCGAAACUCGACCCGGUCACCAAAGAGCUCAUGGGCCUCAGCUACGACGUCGUUCAGAAGCCGUACCUCAAGUACUUUAAGUUUUCCCCCGAGGGGAAAAAAUCACCGGACGUGGAAAUACCGUUGGAUGGUCCAACCAUGAUGCAUGACUUUGCGAUUACUCAAAACUACGUCGUUGUACCCGACCAGCAAGUGGUGUUCAAGUUACAAGAAAUGCUCCGCGGUGGGUCCCCCGUGAGUUACGAGGAGAAAAAGAUAUCCCGGUUCGGGUUUCUCAGGAGGGAUGCUCAGACCGGGUCGGAUAUUAUUUGGGUGGAGUGUCCGGAUACAUUCUGCUUCCACUUGUGGAACGCUUGGGAGGAACCCGAGUCAGACGAGGUGGUGGUCAUCGGGUCGUGCAUGACCCCGCCCGACUCGAUAUUCAACGAGUGCGACGAGAAUUUGAAGUCCGUGUUGACAGAGAUCCGGCUCAACUUGAAAACCCGCGAGUCAACCCGGCGGCAGAUACUAUCACCGAGCCAGGAUUUGAAUUUGGAAGCGGGCAUGGUGAACCGGAACAAGCUCGGGCGGAAGACCCGGUUCGCUUACUUGGCAAUCGCGGAGCCUUGGCCCAAGGUGUCCGGGUUUGCGAAGGUGGAACUGGAGACCGGAAGAGUGGAGAAAUUCUUCUACGGCGAUCGGAGGUACGGCGGGGAGCCGUUUUUCGUGCCGAGGGACCCGUGUUCAGAGAGCGAAGACGACGGGUACAUUAUCGGGUUUGUUCACGACGAGAGGACGGGGAAAUCGGAGCUCCAGAUAGUGAACGCAAUGAAUUUGCGAUUAGAAGCAUCGGUUAAGCUUCCUUCGAGAGUGCCGUACGGGUUUCAUGGGACGUUCAUAAGCUCAGAAGACUUGGCCAAGCAAGUAGUAUAGCACAUACUGUACUAUACAGUCUAUAGCGAUAUAUACAUUAAUUAAGAAUAAUGCAGCAGCUGGGUGAUUAUUUAUAUUUA